CUUUCAAAUGGGGGUCACUGACCCCAUCUAAAAACAAAUGCUCAGAUGAAACUACACUAGAAACUUACCUCUACAGACAAGACUUGACUAAACUACUCUCCUGGUUCUACAUUAUAUUGUCAACUGCAGGCCCUUCGCCCCUGGAAAAAGUCUGAUGCUCUCAAAAUGGUUCCUAAUAUUUCCAUCUCAAUGAGAGAUAGAUACAUCCAGAAGAAAAUGCUACCGACCACUUCGGUUAGCCCCAGGAGCCCAGACAACGGGAUACUAAGCCCACGAGAUGCAACCAGACAUACAGCCGGAGCCAAACGUUACAAGUACCUCCGGCGGCUCUUUCACUUCAAGCAGAUGGACUUUGAGUUUGCUCUUUGGCAGAUGCUUUAUCUUUUUACUUCACCACAAAAAGUUUACAGAAACUUUCACUACAGAAAGCAGACAAAGGACCAGUGGGCAAGAGAUGAUCCAGCAUUUUUGGUUCUUUUGGGUAUCUGGCUAUGUGUUUCUACUGUAGGGUUUGGAUUUGUCCUUGACAUGAGCUUUUUUGAGACCUUCACACUGCUCCUUUGGGUUGUUUUUAUAGAUUGUGUUGGUGUUGGACUACUGAUUGCAACCUCUAUGUGGUUUGUGUCUAACAAGUAUAUGGUCAAUCGCCAGGGGAAAGAUUAUGAUGUAGAGUGGGGCUAUACAUUUGAUGUACACUUGAAUGCCUUUUACCCUCUUCUGGUCAUCCUACAUUUCAUCCAACUGUUUUUUAUCAACCAUGUGAUCUUAACUGGUUGGUUUAUUGGUUGCUUUGUUGGAAAUACAUUAUGGCUGAUUGCAAUUGGCUACUACAUCUAUAUAACAUUCCUUGGAUACAGCGCUCUGCCGUUCCUGAAAAACACAGUGGUCCUUCUGUACCCAUUUGCGGCUUUGGCUCUUCUGUACAUACUUUCCUUGGCUUUGGGAUGGAACUUUACAGCAAAGCUCUGUUUGUUUUACAAGUACAGAGUCAGGUAAAACUGUUGGGCUGGACAGUUCCAUCUUGUACAGAUUGUAAAUAUUUUUGUUGUAGAUAAAUGAGGUGAUUUAAGAAA